AUGUCUACACAAGAUAGUCUGGUUAUAAGUGGACAAUUAGAAAUAUAUCUCCGUAAUACAUGGAUACCUAUCAAAGCAACUCUACAAAAUGAUGCUUUGGUUAUUGAAUUAGAACACACUCCAAGUAUUUCUAGCAAUCAUCACGAAGAUAUUUCCACUGCAAAACGUCUGGUACGUAUAACAAAAGAAGAACUAAAUGGUCUAGGAAUCAGUAUUAAAGGUGGUAGAGAAAAUAAGACACCAAUUCUAAUCAGUAAAAUAUUUAAGGGUAUGGCAGCUGAACAAACUGGUCAACUGAAUGUUGGUGAUGCAAUAUUAUCUGUAAACGGUGAAGAUCUACGGAAUAGUACACAUGAUGAAGCAGUUCGAGCGUUAAAACGUGCUGGACGAAUUGUUGAAUUAGAAGUAAAGCAUAUGCAUGAAGUGACACCGUAUUUUCGAAGGGCAGUAGGGAUGGAAACAAUAGCAUGCUCUGCUGAUCUCAGUUGGCCUACUAGUCAGCUCGGUAAUCUGGUCCCGUUCGGAGCUAAUGAUACCACUGGUAAAAAUGUCACAUCAACAGGUAGUAUAGAGCAUCCAGGACGUUCUGGUGGUCCUGGUGUAGUGCCAUUAAGACUAACACAUUUAGUAAGAGAUUUAACAUUACCAGAUGUGACUGGUUGUUGUUUUGAGUUACACAGUUCAGAUGGUCGACGUUCAUGUCUGCUCCGUGCACCAGAUGCUCAAGAAGCUCGAAUGUGGUUCGAUGCAAUACACAGUAAAAUGAAAAUUAUAAAUAAAUCUUAUUUGGCUGAACUAAAUCGUCUACUUCCCCCAACCCAAGAACUAAAACAACUGGAUUGGUUAGUGGAGUUACGGUGUACUAGUUCAGAUGUACCAAAUAGAGUAGGUGAUCAUAUGGAUGAUAUAAAUGGUAAUAUUAUAAGUGAUAUUCUAUCAGCUGGAGAUCACACGACAGCAACAGCACAUUCCCAACUUAUUCAUACAACAUGGAAACCAGUAUUCGCAGCUUUAUCUGAUAGAGAUUUACUAUUGUAUGACACUGCUCCCACAUCUAAAGAAGAAUGGGCUAAUCCUGUGCAAGCACAUCCAUUAAUUGCUACACGUGUUGUUCAGGUAGAUUUAAGAAAAUCAAUUCUGAAUGAUUCUCAUGCGCAAAAUGAAAUUGGUCGAAGAUAUCCACCCGGAGACAUGGUCACAUUUGUAACUAGAACAGGUAGUAAACACGGUGUUGAAUCUCAUACAUUUGCCGUAUCUACUCAAGAGGAUUUAAUGACGUGGUCUAAUGCAAUCAUUGAAGGCGCACAUAUGGCUGUAGCCGGGGCUCAAGAAGUAGUAAUCACUUGCAGAUGGCAAAAUUAUGAUUGUCGUUUAACAUUACACUAUGAUACUGGAUUAAAAUUAAUCUCUUGUCAAUUUCCUAUAGAAUCACAUUCAAUACCACAAUCUUAUCCACAUGGGAAUAUGACUAGUGGACAUGUGAUAUGGGAGUAUCCAUAUGAAAGACUGAGGUCAACUGCAGAUGAUGGGAAGACAAUUCUGUGGAUCGAUUUUGGACCAGAUGGAGAAUAUGAAUUAGAUUUACUUGGAUGUCCAAAGCCUGUAGUAUUCAUUCUACACAAUAUAUUAUCUGCCAAAGUAACGAGACGUGGAUUAUUUGGAUAA